AUGAACGAAGGAAUUUUUCGCCUGCCGUUUGAAAUCAAUGAUGACGAACUUGGUCCAUGGGAUGUUCUACUUAGUGAUUACGCGAUCAGAGAUAUGCGAAGGUUGGAACCUCUUGCGAUUAAAGCAGUUAUGGUAAAACUCAUGCAGAUAUCAAGUGGGAAAUGGAAAAAGUACAGGCUCCAACAUACAGUACAAUCUCACUCUCACGCCGUACCCAUUUAUGAGACAGAGCUUCUAAAUGAUGAUGGAUUGAAAAUUCUCUGGCAGGUUGAUUAUGGAUUUUCUGUUCGUAACAAUUCAUUCAUCCAGUAUGUGGAUGUUUGGGCAGCCACUGCAGACCAAAAGCAAUUUACAGAUACAUUAGAAAAUACCGAAUUACUUCACCAGGUCUACACUUCUGAGCAUAAAAACCGCUGUACAGUUCAACAUAUCAGCAGAGAUGGUAUCAUUUUACCUGCAGCCUUUGGAGGUGAGGAAGUAACAAAGUCUGACGAGAGCAGAUUGGAUAGUGACCAAAUCGAUGAUGAAGAAAAAUUGUUGAAGAUUCAUGGAAUGCUUACCACAAAUAAAUUUGUUCCAUUAUCAAAGGUGUAG